CGCAAAUACACUUGAUUUUUAAUUUUCUCUUCCGCCAUAUUGGAACCGCCAUUUUGAAUUUCUAAAAUUUGAUAUCUAAUUUAUGAUCAGCAAUACCAAAUACAUUUUUGUUUGUCAUUUUACAAAAUGCAAAUAAGAAAUCAUUGAAAUCAUUCGAUUGGGUUCUGCUUAUCCGCAUAUAAAAGCAUCUUUGACAUGCCGAAGAAUAAGUUAAUAUGCAUAACUUUUGUUUUACUUCGAAUUUUGCAAUAAAAUUUUUGGAGAGUAUUCUUGACACUAUAAGAAAUCCAAAAAUAAAAAAAAUAAAAAAUCAAUUUUUUUUACAAUUUGAACUGGAAUGUCCCCUUAAAACAGUAAUUUGUAGAAUUCAGGUAUAGAAUAUCAUGCGGUUAAAUUACUAUGGAAUAUAUUAAAAUUAAUUACUUUUUCAUUUCUGGACUAUCUUUUAUGCUCAAAAAUAAAAGUUCCAUGUAUAUGUCUUUGCUUUCGAUUUAUCGCUUCUCGAGGUUGCUAAUCGCAAUUCGAGUUUCUUAUUGCAAACUGAUAAUUUCAAUAUUCGAUAUUGCUCAUGCCUUCAUGUUUUUUCUUGUAGGGUGGCAGUUUUUUUUAAUUUUGCACUACAGUACAGUAUAGUUGUUUUUGACACAACCUAGGAACAGCAUUGUGUUGCCUACAUUAUUGUCUCUCCAUUAUUUUGACUUCAUAUCUCGAAUCUACUGUGACGUCACAAAUGAAACAGUCUAAUUUACUUGAUGUAUUUUACUUGCCCAACACUGAGUGUAUGUAGCAUGACCUGACAUCUGGUGGAAAACCUCUAAAGUUAUCCAUUACUACCAGCAUCUAGCGAUCUUUAUUAUUCAUAAUAUAAGGACUUGUGUAGUGUACCUUGACAGUAUAGUGAGAAGAAUCUGAUUGUGUGAACCGCAUGUGCAUUUCUCUAGACAAAAAUUUUGUAAUCGACUUACAUCGUAAGAUUCUAAUAUUUUUUGUAACAUGGCUGUCUCAUUUACCUCGUCUGAAGCAAUAGAAGAAAUCCAAUUUUGGGAUAGAACAGUAGAAAUUAUUGGUUUUGUUGAGAAGAUCAUUCCUAGAAAAGCAGCAGGUGCCUCCGAAUUAUUGAAAUUCUAUUUGUCAAACCAAAAUGGAAAAUCUAUUCAAUGCGUCGUUUGGGGGCCUGCAGACAUUAAUGCUUUGGAAGAGCAUAUUGUUCUACAUGAGAUAUUGCAUAUCGAUGGGGCUUGGGCAAGAGUACCUUCAAAAGUUGAGUUUAAUAAGGGAAAUGUUCCGUUUGAACUACAAUUAUUUUCCAGUACAAUUAUCAACUCCUUGGGACAGCAUUUGGUAGUUAUUGAGAAUGAGGAUAUUGAAAUAGUGGAUUUGCCGAAUGUCAUUCAUUUCGAUUCAACAAAAACCAUUAGAGUGAUUGCAUUUCUCAAGACUAAUUUUGUGGAGCAAAGGAUUGGAGUAGGACAGCAAGUUGGAACGUAUGGAUGUGGAUCCAUAACAAACGGCUCCCAUAAAUUGGAGGUACGCAUCGCGUCCUUCAGAGGAGUAUCAAAUUUCGAGAAAGGGCAACAUGUAUCUGUGACCGGAAGAAUUUGUAAUCAAGGUCCAAGAAUACAUUUACAAACAAACGACGAAAGUGAUAUUGACGUUGUUGAUGAUGCGAUGAUGACUUUAUCAGAACUUCUUUGCGGUUUUCGGGAAAUGAAAAGAAUAUUACAAGCAGGGGAAGAACCUUCCAAUUCAAGACGAAGGGAAUAAAAAAAGGAAUUCAUUAAAUAAAAUGAAAUUUGCGUGACCUCGAUAUUUCAUGUAAAUAUUCCAAUUGAAUACGAACAUAGUUUUUCAUUUGUUUAAUUUCAUUUUUCGUUUGAUUAGCAUUACUUAUAAUGCUUGUUUUUUUUAUCAUGAAAUAUCUUAAUUCUUUUCUUUAAUUAUGUAAUUUCAAAUGUUUCUUUUCAUUAACUUCAAUCUAUUUUCUUUUCAUUCAACGCCUCAUAUUUUGAUAUAUAGGUCUCUUAAUGAAACUGUUUUGUUUAGUUAUUAUCAUUAUAAACAUACUUUGUGAUGUGAGAAACUUUAAUUUUUUUUCAAUAAUGCAUUCUAAAAAUGAAUCAAAUUCGAUCAAAUUUAUCGAAAUUAAAUAGAUAAAAGAAAUCAGCGUUUCCGCGAUUGGCUGCAAGCUCUAAUGCAGUCAAGUAAUAAUAAGCCAAAUUUGAUAAGACUGAUAUAGCAUAUAGACGAGAAACUAAGACUUAUAAUAUAUUACUUGUUAAUGCUAUUGUAUUAUUUACUUAUAAUUAUUAUACUUAUUAUUUACUAUUAAUUGACAUAUUAAUUGAAGAAUUCAGUCAAAUUAAUAUGUACGUACGAUCACCUGAGUUAAUACCAGUCAAGUUGCAAUGAAUAGCUCUCGAACAUUCACUACUACUUGACUGGUAUUAUCGCAUGCUUCCACAUGAAAGUCGAUUUAUUGAACUGAUCUUCUAAAUUUCUCUAAAAUAUUUAAGUUUAUUUUAUAUUGAUAUAAGUAAUGUUACAUCUUAUCAUGUUAUAGAAUUUGUGAUAGAAACGAAUGGUGAUGAAAAUUAUUAUGCA